AGCGGCUCUGGCUGUGGAGGGUCUGGCGCCUGCCGGGACGGUGUCUGCGGAUCCGGGACUGGAGUUGGAGGAGGAUAGUGUCUGGGUGAGGUGAAGCUCCCUGUCUUCUUGUCCGUGGUCCUGGUGUGGUUGCCAGCUGCAGGAUGAACUGUCGCUCAGAGGUGCUGGAGGUGUCAGUGGAGGGGCGACAGGUGGAGGAGGCAAUGCUUGCCGUGCUGCACACGGUGCUUCUUCAUCGCAGCACGGGCAAGUUCCACUACAAGAAGGAAGGUACCUAUUCCAUUGGCACUGUGGGCACUCAGGAUGUUGACUGUGACUUCAUUGACUUCACCUAUGUCCGUGUUUCCUCUGAGGAGCUAGACCGGGCCCUGCGCAAAGUUGUUGGGGAGUUCAAGGAUGCACUUCGAAAUUCAGGUGGUGAUGGGCUGGGGCAGAUAUCUUUGGAGUUCUAUCAGAAGAAGAAGUCUCGCUGGCCUUUCUCAGAUGAGUGCAUCCCAUGGGAAGUAUGGACAGUCAAGGUGCAUGUGGUGGCCCUGGCCACAGAGCAAGAGCGCCAGAUCUGCAGGGAGAAGGUGGGUGAGAAGCUCUGUGAGAAGAUCAUCAACAUUGUGGAGGUGAUGAACCGGCAUGAGUACCUGCCCAAGAUGCCCACGCAGUCAGAAGUGGACAACGUGUUUGACACAGGCUUGAAGGAUGUGCAGCCCUACCUGUACAAAAUCUCCUUUCAGAUCACUGACGCUCUGGGCACCUCAGUCACUACCACCAUGCGCAGGCUUAUCAAAGACACCCUUGCCUUGUAGCCCUUGCUGGAGCCUUGGGAGAUCCUCAAUGGCUCUCAGAUGUUGGCUUCUGAAGAUUGUACUGUCAGGCCCUUUGGGGCUCUGGAACUGACUCUGGGUCAUUGAUGAGACUUGGAAAGGGUAGCCCCUGGCUUCCUUGUUUUAUGGUAGCCAGCCUCUGGUCAUCCCUUUUACCUUUGCUGAUGAUCAGGUUCUGCCUGUAGUCUUUGGGGAAGGGGAAGGGGGGGGAAUCCCUCUUCUUUUUGCAUUGUGCAGCAGAGCCCCUUAAGGCUGGUGAAUAAAGUUGAGAUGUGA